CAAGUUCUUUCCUAUCACUUAUAUCCUCUCUUUGACAUGUCUGGUAUUUUAGACGACGGUCUUCCUUGUGUGGACGCACUCCAAGUCGAAAAGCGCUACGGAGAAGAGAGAGCCAAACGACUUCGCCCAGAAGGAGACGAUCAGUUCAUCGACAUAUCACAUUCUCCACAACAUCAAUCAUUCUUAGAAGAUCCUUGGGUUGAGUCUGAAAAUUUGCAAGAUGUGAAAUCACUGUUCCCAGACAGCCGUUGCUCAAUGCUCAUACUUGGAGCGGGCUUGGGAGGUCUUGUGUACGCGGUACGCAUGAUUCAGGCUGGUAUCAAGCCGGAGGAUAUCCGAAUGGUCGAUGUUGCCGGAGGGUUUGGUGGCACAUGGUACUGGAAUCGCUAUCCCGGCUUGCAUUGCGAUAUCGAGAGCUACUCUUACCUUCCCUUGCUAGAGGAGACAGGAUAUGUACCAAAGCAUCGGUACUCUCGGGGCGAAGAAAUUCGCGGAUAUGCCAAUUUGGUUGCUGAGAAGUGGGGUUUGUCUAAGAAUGUUGCAUUCCAAACGAAGGCUCAAAAACUUGAAUACAAUGGCGAGAGUAAGGAAUGGGUCGUUGAGCUCGAGCAAAGGCGGUCCGAUAAGGAGUCAGUGCAGAUGGAUGUGCGUGCCGAAUAUGUUGUAACAGUGAACGGACCCCUUAACUGGGCAAAGCUUCCAGGAAUUCCGGGGAUCUUGGACUUCAAAGGAGACAUUUUUCAUGCAUCACGGUGGAAUUAUUCGGCUACUGGAGGUUCGCCAGAGGACUGGUCUCUUACCCAACUCAAAGACAAGACAGUUGCCAUUAUCGGAACAGGUUGCACAGCUAUUCAGAUAAUCCCACAUCUCGCACGUUGGGCAAAGCACGUGUAUGUCGUUCAACGCACACCUGCAUCUGUCGACCAUCAAGACCAGAAAGAGACGGACGAAGAAUGGUUCCACAAGGAAGUCGCCGCUUCUCCAGGAUGGCAGCACGAGCGAAUGAGGAACCUCCACGAGCACUUCACAACAGGGGAAAUGCCCUCAGUGAAUCUGAUAGGUGAUUCUUGGACUCGCGCUCCGGCACUUGCGGGUCUGACUGGUAACGCGGACGGUCCAAAGUCGAUGGAAGAGCUCCCCGCAUAUAUGAAGAAGCUCCACGCAAUCGACCUACCGCGACAAAACCGUCUCCGAAAACGUGUUGAAGAAGAAGUUCAUGACAAAGACACUGCCACGAGACUCCAAGCGUGGUACCCCUCAUGGUGCAAACGUCCAGCUUUCCACGAUGAAUACCUCUCCACCUUCAACCGCUCCAACGUCACACUCCUAGACACCGAAGGCAAAGGAGCCGACCGCAUCACCGACGACUCAGUCGUCGUAGACGGCAAAUCAUACGCUGUCGACCUCAUCAUCUGCGCAACCGGUUUCCGCGCUCCCUUCACCGGCACCCCAGCCGAGAAGGCCAACGCAAAGUUCUUCGGUCGCAAUGGCGUCUCUAUCACCGAAGAGUGGGCACGCAGCGGUCCCAAGACUCAACACGGUGUUCUUGACUACAACUUCCCCAACCUCUUCUUCUCUGGGCCAUGGCAGGGCGCCAACUCGCCAAACUACCUCUUCGCGGUGGAUAUGUUCGCGAAGCAUGCAGCGUACAUUCUUGCCGAGGCGCGGCGCAAGGCCGAUGGCAAGAAGUUCGCCGUUGCGCCUUCAUCUAGUGCGGCGGAAAAAUGGAGUAUGGAAGUCGCGAUGGGGUCGGCGCCCAAUGCGGCCAUCAUGGGCUGCACACCGAGUUACCUCAAUGUUGAGGGUGGACUUGAUAAGGUUCCCCCUCAGAUGCAGAUGAUAAUCGCUAGCUCUGGGCUUUGGGGAAGCGGGAUUGAAAAUUUCAUAGACCUUAUUGAAGCAUGGCGGGAAGAGGGAAACAUGGAGGGUAUUCAGGUCGAAGUGUAG